AUGAAGGAACUCGAUGGGGAGACGAGCUGCGGGGCUGAGAAUGACGACGGUGCCGGAAAUGGGUCGAAGAUGGAGGGGAGGGUUAAUACGUACGAGACUAAUGAAUUGAAUAUUCUUCGUGUGAAUCAGGCGGGCAUAAUCCUCGGUCCAUCACUACUUGGGCGUUUUGAACCAUUCAAGAUCUUGUUUGACGUUAGAAGUCAAGAAAUAAUUGGUAUACUGGCUGCCUUUGGUCACUCACUGUAUUUGUUUUUGAGCGGAGUGAAGAUGGAUAUGACAGUGUUAAACAGGAGGGGAAGAAAAGCCUUAUAUACUGGUAUUGCCUGCAUGUUGUUCCCUUUGAUAAUUGGCUUCUCACUUGGACUGUCCCUUAAAAGAUCUUGGCUCACCAAAGAAGAAGCACGUAUUCUUCCAUUUCUGACAGUACUUCAUAGUUUAACUCCAUUUCCGGUGGUCGUUUACCUUCUUGAGAACCUCAAGAUCUUGAACUCUGAACUUGGCCAAUUUGGCCUAUCUGCAGCAUUCGUUUCCGACGCGAUUGGCUUGAUUCUUCUUCUUCUUGCCAAAUGGAGUAGGGAUGCCAUGGAGAAUGGUAAUUUUCACGCUAUUUUUGUUGGAGCUUCAAGCAUUAUCUAUCUCUUAAUACAUGUAUUUGUUUUUCGACCCGCAAUGGUUUGGAUAGUCAAGCAAACACCCGAAGGAAGGCCUGUCAAAACCGUAUACAUUCACAUGAUCAUGCUGCUGAUGCUUGUGUGUGGCUUGCUUACUUAUUCGGUUAAUUUUACUUUCGUCACUGGACCUUUUCUUCUCGGUUUGGCGGUACCAGAUGGACCGCCUUUAGGAUCUGCCAUUGUCAACAAGUUCAACUGCUUCACUCAACAUGUGCUUCUUCCACUCUUUGUAACUAUAUGUGCUAUGAAGGCAGAUCUAGGUUUAAUCAGCCUCAGUUGCAACUUGCUGAACAUCUAUAUAAUCCUCCUUAUCGCGACUUUUGCUGCUAAAAUGGUGGCCUGUUUGAUUCCUCUCUUGUACUCCAAAAUGCCCAUAAAUGAUGCUCUAGCACUUGCUCUCAUUUUGAGUUUCAAAGGUGAAGUUCAGCUCAGCAUAUAUUCAUACUACGGAGAUGACCAGGUCCAAGUUAUACUAGACAAGGUGCUUUCAGUAACGAUAGUUGCGAUCCUAAUUAAUGCAACUAUUGCACCAAUCUUGGUGAAGUACCUGUACGAUCCUUCAAGGAAAUAUGCAGGUUACAAGGAAAGGGAUAUCAUGCAUAACAGACGCAAUGCAGAGCUUCGCAUCUUGGUGUGCAUUCACAAACCCGACAACAUUCCUACGGUUAUCAAACUUCUGGAAGCUUCAGGCCCGACAAGACAAAGACCUUUCACUGUUUAUGUUCUUCACCUUAUCAAACUGAUUGGCCGAGCCUCCCCCGUUUUUAUCUCCCACCAAACGCAGAAAAAGACUCUCCCCAAAACUUCCUAUUCGGAGAAUGUGAUUACCGCAUUUAAUCGCUUCAAAGAAGAAAAUCUGGAUGGCAUAUCACUGUUGCAUGUUUUCACUGCCAUCUCUCCACCAAAGUACAUGCGCGAAGACGUAUGCACGCUUGCACUGGACAAGCUCGCGUCUCUCAUAGUACUCCCAUUCCACCGGAAAUGGUCCCUUGAUGGGUUUGUUGAAUCGGAGGACUGUGCUAUAAGGACUCUGAACUGCGGUGUCCUUGAACUAGCUCCUUGCUCCGUGGGGAUCCUUGUUGAUCGUGGCCGUUCAACUAUUCCAGCAGAUUCAUCUUAUUCUGUUGCAAUGAUAUUCUUAGGAGGUAGAGACGAUCAAGAGGCAUUAACAUUGGCGAAACGCAUGGCCAAUGAUAUGAUGAACAUCAAAUUGACUGUGGUUCACUUUGUUGCAUCUGGGAGUGAAAAGAUUAGAGAUUUGGGCGAUUUGCUGGACCAUGAGGUGCUCAAGGAUGUUAAACUUAACAAAGUGAGUGGUGGAUAUGUGACGUAUAUGGAGGAGAUGGUGGAAGAUGGACCUCAGACGGCAUUGAUAAUUAAUUCUAUGAUAGACGAGUACGAACUUAUUAUAGUUGGGAGGCGGCAAAAUGUAGUGUCCCCUCAAACAUCAGGGCUUGCAGAAUGGAUUGAAUUCCCAGAGCUGGGUAUCAUCGGAGAUCUUCUUGCCUCCUCAAAUAACAACACCAGGACAUCCGUUUUGGUGUUGCAGCAGCAGCAACAACGACGACGGGCAAUAUCCUAG